AUGGCCUUCUGGGUGGACCUUGUGGGCUACAGCUCAGCGGUGGCGUACGGCGUCCUCAUCCCACUCUUCAUCGCUGGCUUGAUGGUGCGCCAGUACUUUGCAGUCCAGGAAGCUCGGCUCUUCUUGGCUCAUUCCAAAGUUGAGCCUCAGAGGGUGACCAUCCACCUGAACACGGCAAAAGGGACCCUAUCGAAAGAAGUUCUUCCAAAGCGCUUGCUGGCAGCGGCGGCAGCUCAGUUGUCAGUGCAUUGCCGUGGCAAGAUCCAGGUCCAUUUGCAUGCAGAGACCGUGGUGUUGACCAUGCUGACGACGCAUCUCCGACAGCAGUCCUCGGCUUCAGAAGAGGAAGAAAUGGACGCCAUGAAGUUUUUCGCCGAUGAAGCAGCGUCCAAGAACCUGGACACGCUCAAAAGCCGCAAGCUUACAGAGAUGCUGACGGAGCGCAUCCUACUCAGCGAAGCGAAGACGGAUCGUUUGCUGGCGGGUGCUGGGCCCUUGCUGCGGAAGUAUACGCUUUGUCAGGACAUUUGGAUGGACGUGGUGAUGAAGCUCUUCGCUGUCGCUUUGGUGUCCUGCGUUUCCAUGUCCAACGCCUGGAAGUGGGCUGUGGCCUUCAGUUUGGGCAUGGCGGUGUUGGUUUGGGUCUCGCAUCCCUUCAUGCAUCCGCAGGUGAGCCAUUUGCAAAGUCUCAGCUGCUUUUGCUUGGCCUUGUCUUCCGUGGCUUUCGUCUACCAUCGUGCUUUCCUGGCGCGUCUCGCGCUGGUAGCGCCGCUGCUGCUGGUACUGUCGCAGGUUCGGUGCCCUGACUGCACAGAGGCCAUGGCAGAGCGCUGCUACCAGGAGUUGGAGGCCGAGCUCCAAAAGCUUCCCCCCAGAGAGGAGCUGAAGCACGAGCUCGAGGUGCAGCUUCUUCGAUUCUGA